CCCCCCGCCCAGGAUGUGGGGCUGUCCCCUACAGAGGAGCCCUGGGGGGCUGGCGAGUACCUGGAUUAUACCCUACCCCCUGACCAGGACCCUGAUGGUGACUACUGGGAGGAGACAAUGGGGCUGGAGGUGACUCCCCCCUCCCCCUUGGAGCCCUGGGCUGAGGAGGCUCCCAGCCCGCCCCCUGCCGCUCCGGGUGAGGACGAGGUGCUUGUGGAGGAGUACGUGACGGGGGAGGACACAGCUGUGACGGGGCAGGAGUACGAGUAUGUCUAUAAGGACUUUCCCGAGGGAGCCGAGCCAUCAGAGCUGGGGCCCGUGCUCUCCGCAGAGACCCCCCAGAAUGGAGGCGCUGUGCGCGGAGUCAGAGGCUACAAAGGAGAGAAGGGAGAGCCGGCCGUCAUGGAACCGGGAAUGCUGGUGGAGGGCCCCCCCGGCCCUGAGGGACCUGCGGGCAUAUCGGGGCCGCCGGGCACACAGGGCCCCCCGGGACCCACAGGAGAUCCUGGCGAGAGGGGUCCUCCUGGCCGUUCAGGUCUCCCUGGCUCGGAUGGGACGCCUGGACCUCCUGGCACGUCUCUCAUGCUCCCUUUCCGGUUUGGGAGCAGCGGUGGAGACAAGGGGCCUGCGGUGUCAGCACAAGAGGCACAAGCGCAGGCCAUCUUACAGCAAGCCCGGAUGGCCCUGCGUGGCCCCCCAGGACCCAUGGGAUACACCGGCCGGCCUGGGCCCCUGGGGCAGCCAGGGGGCUCCGGGCUGAAGGGGGAAGCCGGAGACUUCGGACCCCAGGGACCCCGCGGGCCGCAGGGCCUGUCUGGCCCCCCGGGGAAGCCUGGAAGGAGGGGUCGUGCUGGAGCCGACGGCGCUCGGGGGAUGCCUGGGGAGCAUGGCGUUAAGGGCGACCGAGGCUUUGACGGGUUGCCGGGGCUGCCGGGGGACAAGGGGUACAGGGGUGAGACGGGUUCCCAAGGCAUCCCAGGCCCCCCUGGUGAGGACGGGCAGCGGGGAGACGAUGGAGAGGUCGGCCCCAGAGGGCUCCCUGGAGAACCGGGACCCAGAGGUUUGCUUGGACCCAAAGGCCCACCGGGGAUCCCCGGGCCUCUGGGCGUGCGUGGCAUAGAUGGUCCCAUCGGGCCCAAAGGGAACCUGGGGCCGCAAGGUGAGCCAGGCCCCCCAGGUCAGCAGGGAACUCCAGGCACCCAGGGAUUGCCUGGCCCACAAGGUGCUAUGGGGCCCCCCGGAGAGAAGGGUCCCAGAGGCAAACCUGGCCUCCCCGGCAUGCCGGGGUCCGACGGGCCUCCCGGGCAUCCGGGGAAGGAAGGUCCGUCGGGAACCAAAGGUAACCAGGGUCCGUCCGGUCCCCAAGGUCUGAUUGGCUACCCAGGCCCACGUGGUGUGAAGGGCGUGGAUGGAAUUCGGGGGCUGAAGGGUCACAAGGGUGAGAAGGGUGAGGACGGAUUCCCCGGAUUCAAGGGCGACUUCGGGGUGAAAGGAGACAGGGGCGAGGUGGGUGUCCCAGGAUCCAGAGGAGAGGAUGGACCGGAAGGUCCCAAAGGCCGGACCGGACCCUCGGGCGACCCGGGUCCCCUCGGACUGGUGGGAGAGAAGGGGAAGCUGGGCGUACCAGGUCUUCCCGGAUACCCAGGACGGCAAGGCCCGAAGGGAUCUCAGGGCUUCCCCGGAUUCCCUGGCACCAAUGGUGAGAAGGGUGCUCGGGGUCUGUCCGGGAAGCCGGGGCCCCGGGGCGAGCGCGGCCCCUCGGUGAGUGUGGGGGGAAGCGGGGGGAUUAGUGCAGCCAAGUCUCUGGGCUCCCCCCAUCCAUCCUCACUCCCCCCGAUCCAUCUCUCGACAUCUGUCCAGCCUUCCAUCUGUGUUCUCCUUCCAUCCAGCCCUCCAUC